AUGGCUGACAUUGUUACAGAAGAAUGGAUUCAAAUUCAGCGGCUUGAGCAGGCUCUUCAUAUUACACAAAUUUUGACAUUUGAUAAUGCCCUCUUGUUUGCUGAGAGAAAAAAGAAGAAGAAAGAUUCGUCUCCUCCUCCUGUUGCAUAG